AUGAUUUUAACUUUAAUCUGCGAUAGAAUUACAAAUAUUAGAAAUACUAUCAUUUAUAAGCCUUUUCUUACUCCUUGCAAUUUCUCUAAGGCUUAUAAAAUAAACACAAUUAUUUAUUUGAAUAGGUUGGCUCAAAAUCUAUUUCAAAUUAAGACAUAAUUCAAAAUAAUAACUUUAGCAGCUUCAAUUGUUGUAUUUAAACAGGAAGAUUCACUGUCAAGUAUGCUAAUUCAUUAAAAUAAGUUUUUAUGCUCACCCUUCGCAUACAGAUUAGUAAGCUUAUUAAGGUAAUACAGUAAUUUUUGUUUGUUGACUGAGAAAAGAUAUGAAUUAAAAAAAGACUAUUUUAUCUAAAUUAAGCUAACAUAUUUUAGUUAAAAAUGGAAAAAGACAUUAAUAAAUUGA